AUGAACCCGAACGACCGCUACGGCUAUGAAGAGGCGCUGUCGGCGAGGAUGACGAAGUUCGCAGACGAGGAAGUGUUGCUAACAAACUCGGAUGACGAAGAUGACGACGAGAGCUUCAGAGGCUUCAGGUUCCCAGACCCAAUCCUGAGGCACCAAAUAUCCACGCUGCACUUGGAUGAACACGGCGUUCAUGGACACAGCCUCAGUGGAGAGAAGUUGUUUGAGAUUCAGCAAAGUCGUCUGCAGGCUGAGCUCCUCACUGCUGGAAUGCUGUUGCAGCUGAUUUCAGAAGAGACAGGUUGCGAGGCCGGCGUUCUUCUCCAGGCUGGCCGCGAGCUAUCAAUGGCCGACCCCGUCGGUGGAGAAGGGGUUUUAACGCUAAAACAGACGAUUCCAGAAUGUCGACCCCUGCUUUGCCGAAAGGUCGAUCGUCCCGGCAAUCCGGGUUUCGGGGAGGGGGAGGUCCAGCUGGACUUGAGUGGGCUCCUGGAGCCUGUCCAAGCACUGAGAGAAUGGCGGACAUGGGUCACCAGACCUUUCCAGGGGGCGCCUCAUGGAGAGCAGGACUGGCUGGUGUACACGCAGCGCGAAGUCAUCUCAUACGGAGCAGGCGUUGAUGAACCAUUGAAGCCCUUCGGCUACUUCCCUCACGCACCUCCUUGGAAGACUCCAGCAGGAACCAAGCAGUGGGGAGGCGAACGAAGUGAUGUUUGGACUACUCGCCUAGAACUGCCUGUGAAACCGCUGUUGGAUGAGCACGCAGCCCUGACACUCGACAAGCCGAUACCACGCUACCAGAUGAUCGUUGAUCCUAAUCAGUUUGUUCACCAGACACGUGGCGGGACUAAGUGGGUGCCGUGCGAGUUUGAUAUUUCCGGAGAUGGCACUCCAUCAUUGGUGGGUGGCAUGCGGAGUCACAAGUAUCCACACCUUGCUCAGCAUGUUGCAUGCCCGGUCCUCUCUGCAGCUCUGCCCUUGUUGGCGAAAUUGCGGCGACCGCAACUUCUCCUGGAUGAUCGGCGGUUGCAAGUUGUGUUUAAGGCACAACGCAUAAUCGUUCCAGGAAAUUCUGGUGACAACUCGGAUGCAGAGUACGUCGGUCUGUGGCAUGUCGAUGGCCUCAGAGAAAAUGUGGCUGCCGUCGUAUUGUACUACUACCAUGUUGAUCCGUCUCUUCGUGGUGGUGACAUGGAGUUCUGUGGCCGUGAGCCCAUGGAUGUUUUGGGCGCCGGUGAUUGCAGCAACAACAUCGAUGAUUUGGGAUCAGAGUCCCUGCGGCUGGCUUUCCGAGGUAAAAGCAAGAGUGAGAGUGACAAGUCUGCAGCAGUGCACAACUGUCGGGUUCCCAUUGGUGAGGGCACCCUUCUGGUGUUUUCGAAUUAUCAAAUGGCACACCGAGUGCUUCGGAUGAAAAACACCGGUGAGACAGAGGCUUCGCGCGACUUUGUGGCACUCUUUGUCCUUGAUCCGUCUGCGCCGGCCCUCCUGCCCGCAAGAAGCGUUCUGGCAGCGCCACACUUGCUGACACGAACCCUGGCUCCUGCAAACAUUCCAAUUUCAGAAAUCCAGAUCGUGCUGGAGUUCCUGGGAGUCUCGCAAACCGAUGUCAUGCGGAAGCUGCAGCGCAACCGGCUACUUUCGGAGCAACUGAAGCCGUCCGGUGAGUUUGCUUGCGCGGGGAGUGCAAAAGUCCAUUGCACCGGGAAUGGAUGCUACACAAUGAUCGGCUGGUUGCACAAGUUGCUCGAGGACAGGGACCCAGAUCCCUUCGAUGAGGUGAACCCGAAAGGUCUUGAGCGCUUGGCGGCGCUGAAUCUGGCUCCCGAGGGCUCCGACCGCGGUCUCUCCGAGGCUCUCUCGCUGCCGACCGCAAAGCUCAAGCAAAGGCUCAAAGAAAUCGGAAAGGGCUCUGACUCCGAGCUUGGUUCUCCCCAUGCCUUUAGAGACAGCGAGGAGGCCGAGAAUGAUCCCACUGAGCCCCAAGGGCGGGGCGGCGCUGCUCCGAGACGGCAGUGUGCGGUUUCCUGA